AGGGCUCCCCACAACGUAAUAACGUGCCUGCCCCUAUACCUCACCCCACUUACUAUUAUUAUUGUACAACACAACCAGGUCCCUGAAUGCUUUUUAGAGAGAGAAAGAGUAAUAAUAAUAAAGUGGAAGAAAAAGAAUUAGGAGAGUGAAACAAGAAGAAGAAGAAGAAGAAGAAGAAGAAGAAUUGAGAAGAUGGUGUUUGAGGAAACUGAGCUGAGGCUGGGACUGGGACUAUGUCUCCCUGGAAAUGGAACCACGGCAACAACUGAAGCUGCUGCUGCGGAAUUAGGAGUGAGGAAGAGAGGGUUCUCUGAGACUGAAACUGAUGAAACAGCCACCGUUGAUUUGAUGCUUAACCUCUCACCCAAGGAAGCUGCUGCUGCUGAUGGUGCAGAUCCACGUGAGAAGCCAAAGACUUCGCCGAAGGAGAAGACCCUUCUGCUUCCCGAUCCCGCCAAGCCUCCUGCCAAGGCGCAAGUGGUGGGAUGGCCACCCGUGAGGUCUUUCCGGAAGAACAUGUUCGCAGCCCAAAAGAGCAGCGGCGGAGAGGAAAGCGAAAAGAGCAGCCCUAAUGCAAGCUUUGUCAAAGUUAGCAUGGAUGGAGCACCUUACCUCCGCAAAGUUGACUUGAAGAUGUACAAGAGUUACCCAGAGCUCUCUGAUGCCUUGGGCAAAAUGUUUAGCUCCUUCACCAUUGGAAAUUGUGAAUCCCAAGGCUUCAAGGAUUUCAUGAAUGAGAGCAAGUUGAUGGAUCUUUUGAACAGCUCCGACUAUGUCCCGACCUAUGAAGACAGGGAUGGCGACUGGAUGCUUGUCGGUGAUGUGCCAUGGGAGAUGUUUGUUGAAUCAUGCAAGCGUUUACGUAUCAUGAAAGGAAAGGAAGCUAUUGGACUGGCACCAAGAGCCGUGGAGAAAUGCAAGAACAGGAGCUAGACUAGUAGUUACCAGUCCAAAAUCUGCUCCAUCAUCAUUAGCGGUGCCUAGUUGACUUAGUAACUGAAGCAAGGUUAAGCUGCAGCAGACACAGAGGGAGAGAGCAGGGUGUUAAAAAAUAUAGUUAAGUAAAUCUGUGUAUCAUUAUGGUUUGUUAUAUAAUAUAUAUUUCAAACAAAGUUGUGAGAUGUCGUAAGUAUAAAUUAUGAACACAAACGAUAAUGACUCUAAAUUAUGUUGCAAGACUUUCUUAUUUCUUUACUUGUGUGCUUGCAUAAUAAUAAGUUUAUUAAUUUGCUUGUC